AUGAAGGUCUCCUUUAUCCUGCAAUCCAUCGGAACUUUCCUCCUGGCCGAGUCGAUCUUGGCCGUUCCCCUCACGCCCCGCGCGGAAGCCAUGACAACUCGCGACUCGAACAAAUUCCUUGUCGGCCGUGCGGAUGCGGACACUUUCUCCAUUGAGAUCCAGGCCGGAGACGACGGCAAAAAUCAGGAGGGGCCUGUCAUCAUCGCUCGCGACCCUGAUAGCUGCAUUAUUGCUCGGGACUCCAAUGGAGACGUUGUCGCCCGUAGUCCCCGCUGCAGCUAG